AUGCGUCUGCAAACAGCCGCAGAUGAAAUCCGUUACAAGACCUUCCCCAUGUUUCUGAAGGGGAGGGCCCGGCUCUGGUUCCAGGGUCUAGCACCAGAGUCCAUCCGAAGUUUUCCCGAACUGGCCAGGCAGUUCGUCGCCCAGUUCGUCUCUUCAAAGACCUAUUCGAAGAACGCGGCUCACUUGAUGGCAAUCAGGCAGAAGCCGGACGAGUCCCUGAGAAAUUUCAUGGCUCGCUUCAACACGGAGAGCCUGCAGAUCAGGGACAAGGAUGAGAAGGUGGUGAUGGCUGCCUUCAUGAACGGGUUCAGGGCAGAGGAGCUCUUCUACAAGUUGGCUGAGAAGUCUCCCGGAGAUCUGGAAGAGCUCCGGACCAGAGCGCACGCAGCCGCUAACGCAGAGGAGGCGGCACGCCUGAAGAGAGAGUCAGAUAAGGAGAUCGGAAAUCGGAGAGGACGUGAAAACCUCCCUGAAAACAAGGACGGCCCGGCUAAGAAGAAUGUUUUUGACCGACUCUCAAAGGAGAAAACCCCCGCUCAACGGCCGCUUCCGGAAAAGGGGUACACCCCCUAA